AAAUUGUUGGACAAGGAGGGAAGAGCAUUCAUAUCCCAGCAGUCAGACUCGGAAGUCCGCGGUCCUUGUAUCAAGUCCACAGAGAGCGGCGUACUAAAGAAUGAUGAAGAUGGAGCUGACUGUCACGAUGAUAGUGUUGAUGGUGUCGUUGAUCUCGGCAACUGCCCGCUUCCCGCGCACUGACGAUGAAAAUGAAUCCAACAGAGGAAAAGAAUCCCACGAAAUCUGGAAAGAUGCCAGAAAGGAGUUCAAAUCCGCCAUCAAACCCACCGGAGGCAAAGUCAGUUUUAAAGACACGGUGGACAAACUUGCCCCCUUCAUCAACUCAGAUUUAACAGAGAGCGACUGUAAGACAUUGUGCAUUGAAAAGUUGGGUUCCCUGCUGGAGCAGUCUGUCCCUGACAAGGAUGCUGCGUGCGACUCGCUGUGUAGAGCGGCCCUGUCUAAGCAAGAUAAGGUUGAAAGUUAAGGUACAUACAGGUUUACAAGAUACAAGUCACAAGAUGCUGACAGUCUCAAGAAUCACUUUAUGUCCAGUCAGGUUGACUGACAGCAGACGUCGGACAAAUAUG